AUGGACGCUCUAGUCCCAGUAAACUCAAAUCAUUUGUUUGGACCGCUCACUGCUAUACUCUACCUGUCAACUCUAAUAUGCACCUUUGAAUUCCUGCCAUGCCAGCUUAAUGCAAUAUUUGUGGCAGACGAGGAUGAAUCUCAGCUUCAUCUUUUUGCCAACUGUCCAAAGGCAAGACAGCCGAGACUUUUUGCUUUGGGGAAUCCUAAAGAACUAGCAAUUUUGGAAGAAUCUGUAGCCACUUGA